GGCUCCGGUCAUUGGCCGCAGUCUGGGCUGUAAGGGAAGUGACAAACACUAACUGUUUGGAUUGUGUUUUCUUCACGUGUUUGGAUGAACACCAUGAUGAAAGCGGAAGAUUCAGAGGAAGUAGAGAUUGACUUGGAGGACUCCAGUGACCCUGAUGAAUCUGAUAAUGGGGAGGAACCUGAGAUACUGUGGAGGGCCCCUCCUGAUCUGGAAGAAGAGGAAGACAUUCAUACUACCACACUAGUGGAAAUCAGUGAUACCAAGCCUCUGAUCAAUGUCAGAGACCCUCGCGGUGUCAACGACUGUCUCAAGGUAACGUUUGAGGAUGUGAUCGCUGAGCCAGUGUCAGUGCGCAGUGGGGACAGAGUGUGGAUCUGGAGUAAUGCCCUGUUUGAGCUGUCUCGAAUUUGGAUCUACAGGAUAGUCACAGUGCUCCUGGCCAUUCCCAUUUCAAUUAUCUCUGGUCUCCUCUUCGCCAUCCUCAGCUGCUUCCACAUCUGGAUGGUUGGUCCUUGUAGCCACUGUAUCCUCAUUGGUGCACGCUGGCUGCAGAGCCUAUGGAGCAUUGUGCUGGGCGUCAUUGUGCACCCCUUCCUCACGAGUGCAGGGAGAUGCUAUGGAGGCUUCAGCAUUCACCUGGCCAAAGAAUGAGACUCACGCGUCCACACUGGGAUUGUUCAUUAUGUGUUCUAGUGGACUGAGCCGAAGUGGGCAUCGCUAUUUGAAUCUUUAAUAUUUUAUUCAAAAUAAAAUGUUUAUAAUUACAUGUUUUCCACAGUUAAGAUCCCUUUGGUCAAAGUCCAACAGCAUCUGCUGGUCCUUUGUAAUGAUUAAACAAGGCUUGUGACAUGUUCAAAUAAUCAUUUAGACUUGAAAGUGACAAAAAGAAGGUGAUGUUAUUCCUAAAGUGAAACUAAUUUAAUUUAGUUUUUGUUAACCAUGCCGUAUUUCUUCUGAUACCAUAGUGAUGUUAUGACUCGAGUGUUGUAUUAUCUUUGUCAUAAUACUUGGGUUUGGGUUUACUUUUAUUUUAUUUUAUUAUUUUGUUUUAAACUGCAGUACAGCGUUUAAGCUCAAGGAACAAACAUGUGCAACUACUGGGAUCUAAAUAUAGAUUUUAAUUAUAGAAGUUCCUGAUUUCAAACUUAACAAUAUUUAGUUAGAAGAAGCACUUAUAUUGGAUGUUUUCAUAAAGGAGGAAAUUGCAAUAAAUAAUAUGGAGAACUCAUUAAUUAUCCACUUUAUACUGAAUGAAACUGAAUUUAAACCAUUGUCGGUAACACAGCAGGUCAGGACAUACUGAGUGAUGUGUAGGUUUUACAAAAUAAUCACCUUCAUAUAUUUAUUAAUGCAAUUGUUUUAAGCUUGAAAGUAAACAUUCUUGCUAACUUGUG